AUGCCCAGUUCGAUGGGAUUCGGCGUUGUAAUACCGUUGCCCGCCGAGCUCGUCGUGGUGGGUGGUGGAGAGUCACGAAAGCAGCAUCGUAUUCGGCGCUUUAUUUUCAGUUCGUUCAAAACGAUACACGCUUUGAAAGCAGCAGUACGCUUUCUCCCUUAUCUUCUUGUGGCUGUGGCUUUUAACCUUGGCAGCGAUUAUUUGCUCUCCAAAGUCAAAUAUAUGCCUCCAUAUCUAAUAUCAGGUGUGCUUAUCACGAUAGGUGGAUCAUUUCUCUAUAUAUACUUGAAGCCUGAAACGUCGACGGCCAUUAUCUAUAGUCUUGAUGUCAUACUUGCCGUGGGCGUCAGUUUGACAAUGCAAAUUGGAUAUACGGUAGCUACAUUGAAAGUCGACCCCGAUGAUGUCGCGAAUUCGCUUAGUAUGCAGAAUGUGAGCCAGAUGGGCGGUACAACAAUUGCCCUUAUCAUUUCUGUUCUCGCCUUUAAGACUGCUGCAGUACGUAAUGUGAGCUCAGUCUUGGCUGGUCAAGGUUUUACGAAAGAACAGAUUCAGGCGGCUGUUGCUGGAGCUCAGAGUGCACUAUUUGAACAGCUGAGUAUUGACACCAAGGCAAUCGUCAUUUUAGAACUCACAAAAGCUAUGCAAGCACCAUUCAUUCUAGUUAUUAUUUCGGGAGCUGUCCUUUCUGAUUUCUGCUCCAUUCAUAAAAACGGAGAAGCUCUUUAA